UGGUAGUGGUGGUGUGUUGGAAGAAGCAAGUGUUUCCUCUGGGCUUGCUUGCUGCUGUAACAACAUUCUGCCUAUAUAUCAGUCAAGUUUGGCGCCUAGCUCAUAGGCGUUUAAUUAUCUUACUAUAUAUUUUGUUUUUUGCAUGUUAGCAUUACAAACUAGCUCGCGAGGUGAACGUAACCUUGUCUGAAAAGCAUCUUUGAACAUAAUUGGAACACGAAAUUACGAUGCCAUCCCCGAUGGAGGGAUCUUCCAGAGAAGGUGACCUGUUUACUGUGAAACAUGAGCUGAAAAACGCCAACCUGACGGGCCACGUAGAGAGGGUGGGGAUUGAAAACUUUGAGCUAUUAAAGGUGUUGGGCACAGGAGCGUACGGCAAGGUGUUCCUGGUGAGGAAAGUGAGUGGUCAUGAUGCAGGGAAGCUGUACGCCAUGAAGGUUUUGAAGAAAGCCACCAUUGUACAAAAGGCAAAGACUGCUGAACACACACGGACGGAACGGCAAGUGCUGGAGCACAUCCGCCAGUCUCCGUUUCUCGUCACACUCCACUAUGCCUUCCAGACGGACACCAAGCUGCACCUCAUUCUCGAUUAUGUAAACGGUGGGGAGCUCUUCACACACUUGGUGCAAAGGGUGCGUUUCAAGGAGCAAGAAGUAGCCCUGUACAGCGGAGAGAUUGUGUUGGCACUGGAGCAUCUGCACAAGCUUGGGAUUGUCUACCGGGACCUGAAGCUUGAGAAUAUUUUACUCGAUUCAAGCGGUCAUAUUGUUCUCACAGACUUUGGCCUUAGUAAAGAAUUUGAUCAGAUGGAAAGGGCUUUUUCUGUCUGUGGCACCAUUGAAUAUAUGGCUCCAGAAAUUGUGGAAGGAGGAGAGUCCGGACAUGACAAGGCGGUGGACUGGUGGAGUCUCGGCGUGUUGAUGUACGAGCUUUUGACUGGCGGAUCACCCUUCACUGUUGAUGGAGAUGAGAACUCACACACAGACAUUGCCAAGAGGAUUUCAAAAAAGGAUCCUCCUUUCCCCAAAGAUAUGGGACCACUGGCCAAAGACCUCAUCCAGCGACUCCUCAUCAAAGAUCCAAAGAAGAGAUUAGGCUCAGGUCCUAAUGGAGCAGAGAAUGUAAAGAAACACCCGUUUUACCAGAAAAUUAACUGGGAAGACUUGGCAGCUAAGAAGGUGCCUGCACCGUUCAAGCCCGUGAUCCGGGACGAGCUGGACGUCAGCAACUUUGCAGACGAGUUCACAGAGAUGGACCCCACCUACUCCCCUGCAGCUCUGCCUCAGAACUGUGACCGCAUCUUCCAGGGCUACUCUUUCAUGGCCCCCUCCAUCCUGUUUAAGAGGAAUGUGGUGAUGGACGACCCUGUCCAGCUGUGUGGAGGCUGUGAGAGGCCGGGCUCUGCUGCAGUGGCCCGCAGCGCCAUGAUGAAGGACUCACCUUUCUAUAUGAGUUAUGAGAUGGACCUGAAAGACAGCGCUCUGGGCGAGGGUAGCUUCUCCAUCUGCAGACGGUGCACACACAAGAAGACCGGACAGAAAUACGCAGUCAAGAUCGUCAGCAAGAGGAUGGAGGCACAGACUCAGCGGGAAAUAGCAGCCCUGAAGCUUUGCGACGGCCACCCUAACAUUGUCAAGUUACAUGAAAUUUACCAUGACCAGCUCCACACAUACCUGGUUCUGGAGCUGCUCGGCGGAGGAGAGCUGCUAGAAAGGAUCCGCAGGAAGCAACAUUUCAGCGAAACAGAGGCCAGCCGCAUCAUGCGCAAACUGGUGUCCGCUGUCAGUCACAUGCAUGACGUGGGAGUGGUGCACAGGGAUCUUAAACCGGAGAACCUGCUCUUCACAGACGAGAGUGAGAACUCCGAGAUAAAAAUCAUAGACUUUGGCUUUGCUCGCCUCAAACCACCAGACAAUCAGCUCCUGAAGACUCCCUGCUUCACCCUGCAGUACGCAGCACCAGAGAUACUCAAAUAUGAUGGCUACGAUGAGUCCUGUGACCUGUGGAGUCUGGGGGUCAUUCUGUACACCAUGCUGUCUGGCCAGGUGCCUUUUCAGUGUCAGGAGAAAAGCCUGACCCACACCAGUGCUGAGGAAAUUAUGAAGAAAAUCAAACAGGGAGAUUUCUCUUUUGAAGGCGAGGCCUGGAGAAAUGUGUCCCAGCAGGCCAAGGACCUUAUACAAGAGCUGCUGACGGUGGACCCAAACAAGAGGAUCAAGAUGUGCGGCUUACGUUACAACGCCUGGCUCCAGGAUGACAGCCAACUUUCCUCCAACCCUCUCAUGACCCCGGACAUCCUCGGCUCCUCCACUGCCUCCGUCCACACUUAUGUCAAAGCUACCUUUAAUGCAUUUAACAAAUGUAAGCGGGAAGGUUUCCGCCUGCAGACAGUGGACAAGGCGCCACUAGCCAAGAGGAGGAAGAUGAAAAAGACAAGUACCAGCACAGAGACCCGCAGCAGUUCCAGUGAGAGCACCCAUUCCUCGUCCUCCUCCUCCCAGUCUCAGGAGAAGACAUUUUCAGAGGGUGACGCCAACCCGCAGCCCUCCAAUAGCACGCCUCUCACCACCCCCGCCAACACACCCGUGGCCCUGGGAAUGGACUCUGUGCACCAACCAGCGCCUCCGGCCUUUCACUUCUCAGAAGGACAGUGAGAUGGCGAGAGGAAAAGGGAGAGUCAUGAACCGAAGGAUGACUCGGACCAGCGUAGAGACAGCUUUCUCUCGUCUUUCUCUCUGCCCCCGGCAGCUCUCUGCCUCCGGUUCAAUCAAUUGCAUGGACGUCCGCACGUCUCCAAAACCAAGCAUGCAGCAGGAGCAGCAACCAUCACCUCAAUAUCAAUCAAUCAGUCAUCACUAGCAAUAGCCUAUCCCUUUCUUUCUCUCUCGCUUUCACACACAGACUGUAUUUAUCAGGGACUGGACCAGGAAGAAGUUGUCAACGAUGUCCAAAAUGAAAGGGCUGCCCUACCGCCCCAGGUCCAGACAGACAAUGGAGAGACAUCUUCAGUCUCAUAAAAUUACUGCUCACUCUCUGUCCGCUCCAUUUACCUGUCUUUGUCCAUGCCUCCAGAGGUUUUAAAGGGAAAGUCAUAGUGUUUACAUCAUGGAUGCUUUG